CAUUUCAAAAAACACUCUCUCCUCCCUUGUCUUCCUUCCCUGGCGGCGACGACUGGGCGAGCGGCGGGGCCUUUCGUCUCGUCCUCGCCCAGCCGUUCGCCGGCGACGAGCAUCCACCAGACCCGCUGUACCGCCAGCAAGGAGGCCUCGGAAGCCCCUCCGGAAGGCAAGGUGGGCCGAUGGGGUCGGAGAAGGGUGGAACGAAGGUUAUUGGCGGCGGCGGAGGUGCUGGUGGGAUCUUCAACCUGUUCGACUGGAAGCGCAAGUCGCGCAAGAAGCUGUUCUCCAACUCGCCAGAGGGCGCCAAGCUGGUCAGGAGAAGUGAAGAAACCUUGCCAUCCGGGCGUCUCCAGUUGGUUGAUGACGACGAGGGGAUUGGUGUCACAAGCUUCAAGGGGAGCAGUGACUACAGCUGUGCUUCUUCAGUGACAGAUGAGGAAGGGCGUGAGAUGAAGGCGCCUGGUGUGGUGGCCAGGCUCAUGGGCUUGGACGCCCUGCCCACCUCAGGUGUUCCAGAACCAUACUGCACACCAUUCCGUGACACAAGAUCGUUCAGGGACAACCAAAGCCUCAAGAGGAGUCCUGAGUACUCCAUGAAUGACCAGUUCAGUUAUGUUCCUCGAAGAGUUGAUGGUUAUAUGAGGAAGCCAUUAGAUUUCAGAGCACAGAAGAUGCCAAGCAGCCCGAUUGAAAGGUUCCAGAUAGAAGCAUUGCCACCGAGGUCCGCAAAGCCCCUACCAAUGUCUCAUCACAGACUGUUGUCUCCCAUCAAGAAUCCAGGAUUCAGUUCAGCGAGGAAUGCUGCUCAGAUCAUGGAGGAAGCAGCCAAGAUUCUUCAGCCCAGGGCGCAAUCCAGUUCUAGGGAGAAAAUCUGCUCAUUCAGCCCAGCUCGAAUUCCUUUGAGGGUUUCGGAGCCAAGAGAAAGCAUAUCUGCUUCUCAGAGGACUGUAUCUCAGAGAGCACAGUCGUCCAGGAACACUCCUGAGCUGCCAGAUGUGAGGUUCUCCAGAGGGCAGCAGAUGAGCCGGAGCUGGAACAGUGAAGAAGAUAUUGUCAUAUUCAGACCAUCGAUUGAUUCUUAUGAGAUUAACAAUCCUAGUUGUUCAAAGAACAACAAGGGAAAGUCUAUUUCUUUGGCAGUCCAAGCAAAGAACAAUGUGCAGAAGAGGGAAGGCGCAAGUUCUGGGAGGAAUUCAGGAGUACAGAAAGAGCAUGAUGACCAUAGAACAAACCAACCUUUUAGGAGUCAGUCUAAUCACCAGAGAAACAAGCAGCAAAAGAAGGCAUCAUCAUCUGGCACUUCGUCCCCUGUCCUUCGGCAAAAUAGUCAGAAACAGAAUUCUCUAGUGACCAGAGGCAAGGUAGCACCGAACAAAUCUGUCUCAACGCAGCAAGGCAGAAAGGUGAUGGCAGGAGAUUCGUUUUCUGGGAAGAUCAAGAAUGGAAGCAAGGUAUCUAAAGGUGGUGGGAGAAAAGACAUUGUGGAAAGCAUAACUGGCGAUAGGGAAGGAUCAUCAUCAAACAACAAGGACUUCCCACAAAAGAAACGUUUGAUCGAGAGGAACUCCACCAAUGAGAAGGGUACAUUUGUUCCUGAAAAAACAGUGGGUAAACUUCAGAAGCAGGUUCAACCUAAUGUUGUUAUGGAUGAGCACAUUAAGUGGGACAAGGAAAGUAAAGACACUACAGAUGUUGUGUCAUUUACCUUUACCUCACCCUUGGUCAAACCAUCAGCAGGACCCUCCAGGUUGGCGGGUAAAUGGGACUCAAGAAGCAAUUUCAAUCUGGAUGCAGGAUGUGAUAAAGAUGAUUCAGAUAGUAAGACUGAAGGGCCGUCAUCUGUGGGUCUGAACUUUGUAAAUGGUGAUGCCUUGAGCCUUCUCCUAGAAAAGAAGCUGAAGGAGCUAACAUCAAAAAUUGAUCCAUCCAUCACCUUCACUAGGGGUGACACAUUUACGGCUGCUACUUUUAACUUGGAGGAAGCACCAAGCUCUUCCUGCAGCAAUUGGGGCUCAGAAAGCGGAGUAUUUGACUGUAGCCCUUCUGAAGUCAAACCUUCUCAAUAUGAUUAUUGCCCAUCAGCCCAGUCAUCUACGAAAGGCCAGAUUUUUCGUGGCAGUAAAUUAAAGGUUGAGGAACCAGAAGAAUGCUGCAGUAUAACUAAUGCAAGGAAGGAACAGGAGCAUGAAGAUCUGAGUCCCCUCUCCGUGCUUGAACCCACCUUUCUAAGCGAGAGUUGCUGGUCUUCCGAGUGUUCAGUCAGCAGCGAUGGGAGUAAGGUGGCGUAUUCAUCUUAUUCUGAAGUUAAGACUAUCCCAGUGAAUUUCUUAAUGAAUCCACCAUCAGUUAACAUUGAGGCAAAGACUACAGACUCAGCCUCUUCCGCAUCAGUAGAUACUUCAGAUAUCUCAGAUGUCACCCAAUGUUCGAAGAAAUCAAGACACACAGAGCUGGAGUAUGUUGAAGAUGUGCUAAGCAGCGUCAACUUGACAACAGAUGAACUAGCGUCACUCUUUGUCAAUCAGGAUGGAUCAGCUUUGGACCCGCUCCUCUUUGAGAAAGUGGAGAAUAUGCAUGUAUAUACACAAGGGAAAGAGCCUCUUGGUCGUCGAGGCUACCGGCGGCUGUUGUUCGACUGCGUAAAUGAGUGCCUGGAGACAAGACGCGGUACCUACUUCCGGGCAGGAUAUGCAGCAUGGAGCAAAGGGGUGGCAUCGCUGAGCGGGGGCGUAGAGACCGAAGUCUGCAACGAGAUCACCAGCUGGAAGAGCAUGGGGGAAUGGGUGGAGGAUGAGCUUGUCGACAAGGACAUGAGCAGCGGGCUGGGCACGUGGGUCGAUUUCCGGGUGGAGGCGUUUGAGGCCGGCGAGGAGGUGGAGAGCGAGAUACUGAGCUCCCUGCUCGACGAGGUGAUCGGCGACAUGGCCGUGAGACGACGGCAGGAGUGUAAAUUUGUAAUUUGAGAUGAAUGCUGUAGCUUUUGCUCUGUAAUUUUGUUUCGUUCAGUUGUUACGUAUCCUCCCAUUUAUUCUGUCAACCCAGACCUGUUGUUCAAUUCAGUGAUAAAUGUUAUUAUUUACCCUGUUGCAUAGACAGUUCAUGGA